GCCUCGCGGGGCACCGGUGUGUCGAUUGAAGGCUCUUCACUGCGACAGCGCGUGGCAAAACCAGAAGGUACAAGACCACCAUGUCUCCGUUGGCGGUGGUCCUGCUGGCGCUGGCAGUGGGUGUUCCGUCGGAGGCGGCGAACAUCUUGGCGCCCGUGUGGUUCUCUGGCGCCAGCCACUUCGCCAUGUUCGGGCGACUCUUCAGGGAGCUGGCGGCUAGAGGCCACAACGUCACAGUCAUCAGCCAGUUCCCGCUGAAGACUCCUCUCAAGAACUACCGCGACGUGAGCAUAGCAUCAAACGAGAAGAAGCCAGAGCUGACCUGGGACCUGAUAGAGCGGGCCCGCUCCCCGCCGGUGAGCGCCAUCAUCAUGAAGUACAUCGCCAGGCAGCAGUGCACCGACGCCCUGUCACUGCCCCAGGUGCGGCGCGUGCUCUCCUCCGGCGACCACUACGACCUCGUCAUCACCGAGUUCUUCCACGCCGACUGCAUGGCCGCGUUUGCCGCCAAAUUCGGAGUCCCGCUGGUCGGCAUCACUUCCAGCAUGGCUCUGCCUAGGGUGUAUGAUAGGAUUGGAAAUCCGUAUAACCCUGCAUACAUGGAGCAGUACGACCUGCAUCUGAAGGCGCCCUUCAGCUUCUGGGGCAGAGUGCAGAGCACCCUGGUGCACCUCUUGAUACGCGCCGCUGACUGGUGGAUAACUGAAGCCUUCCUCGAGGAGAAGGUGCGUGCAGUAUUGGGCGGAGACACACCCCAAUUGCGGGAUGUGCUGCGCAACACCAGCCUGGUGCUGGUCAACAGCCACUGGAGCUGGGACCAGCCGCUGCCAGCGGUGCCGGCUCUCGUGCAGGUGGGCGGCCUCCACGUCGAGGAACCCCGGGCCCUGCCGCAGGACUUGCGUUCGUACAUCGACAAGAGCCGUCACGGAGUGAUUUACUUCAGCCUGGGCUCCAUGGUGAAGGCCAGCUCAUUACCGGCGGAGAAGCUGCGCUCCAUCAUUGAUGCCUUUGCUGCAGUGCCGCAGAACGUCCUGUGGAGGGUGGACCCCUCCUCUCUGCCACCGCUGCCACCCAACGUCAGGGCAGAGACGUGGAUGCCGCAGAAUGACAUACUCAACCACCCAAACCUGCACAUCCUCAUAACGCAUGGUGGACUGAUGGGCAUCCAGGAGGCUGUGAUGGCAGGUGUACCAGUGCUGGCGAUGCCUCUGUUUGCCGACCAGUACCUCAACGCAGAGAGGGUCGCUGCCUCGGGCAGCGGAAUCUGCCUGCACUUUGAGGACCUUACCACACAGACGCUGAGGGCUGCACUCGAUGCUCUCGUCAAUGACACCAGGUAUCGGGAGCAGGCGAAGCAUCUGUCCCUGCUGUUCCGUGACCGCCCUCGGCCGCCACUGGAGGAGGCGGUCUACUGGGUGGAGUAUGUGCUGCGCCACCAGGGGGCACGACAUCUCAGGUCCGCCGCCCUUGACCUCACCUGGUACCAGCUCCUGCUCCUAGAUGUUGCCACCUUCCUGGUGGCAGUGGCACUGACUCUGUGCCUUAUCUUCUGCCAACUCACAUCAUGCCUUAAACGCAAUUUCAGCCAAAAACAGAAAGUUAAAAUUAACUGAUCAGUGAAAUUUGUCUCGACACUUUCAGCAGAUCGCUAUCUUCUUUACCAAGGAAUAUGGGAACAGCCUUCCCGACAUCUCCAAAAGCAUUUUCUAUUUAAUGAAAGGCAUCUUAGUAAAUAAAACUUUCAGCAUCAGUUACUCCUCUAGUGGAAACUCUGGAAAGGUUUCAUCUGGAAUUGAGUGUAGCAUCGAUGUCAGAUAUUCGAUAUCCAUUGAAAUGUGAUGCAAGAGCUGUGUACUGAGACUACUGUGAUGGCCAACCCAGCUUUGAAUGGAACUGGUUAUACCAAGCCUCACCCUGUGUUAUGAUGAUUUGCAGGAAAGAUGAUUCUACAGAUACAUGA